UGAUUUCAUUUGCAUCUUUUAUCUCAUUUUAUAUAGGGUUAUCACCCAUAAUCAUUUGACGUCUAUUAAUGCAUCUAUUUUCUACGGGCUCAAUAAGCUUGACUUCGCGUCGUUCCAAGGAAAUCCCAUCACUACCAUUGAACCUGGUGCUCUGAAUGGUUUGCCUACGUUGAGGGAUGUGCGACUUCUUUCUUCUGACAGAAUUCGCCUUCAGCCAAAUACAUUUGUUGGCCCUUCUAAGAUUGAGUUAUUAGUUGUUCGAGACGAACGAGUGUGUUGCAUCGUUCCAGAAAGCUUCGGGUGUAUAACACGAGAACUGCCACAUCCGCUCUUCACGUGUCGAAGGACAUUCCUCCAAAAUAUGACUAUCAAAGUGUUCAUCUGGAUCCUUAGCAUCAGUGCCUUGCUUGGUAAUGGGUUUGUCAUCUUCACAAGAUUGCGGGAUAAACCGACAACAGCCACUGGUACUGUUCAAUCCACCUUGAUCAGCAAUCUGGCAGUGUCGGAUUUCUUGAUGGGUAUAUACAUGUUGAUCAUUGCUGUCAUGGAUCUGUACAUUGGUGAAGCGUACUUCUGGGAUGGCAUCGGGAACGAGUGGCGAACCAGCAAUGCUUGUCAAAUCGCUGGGUUUGUCUCGUUCCUCAGCACCGAGGCAUCGGUUUUCUUGUUGACCUUGAUCAGCGUUGAUCGCUUCAUCGUCAUCCAGUUCCCGUUUAGUCAGAAUCGUCUGGGUGUCAAGUCCUCCCGUGUAUUUGCGGUGAUUGCGUGGCUUCUGGCAUUUAUUCUCAGUGUUGGCUCUCUCCUCUUAAACCAGCUGGAAUCUGACGCACACGGCCUGAGUGAUGUCUGCGUGGGACUUCCGCUCAUCCGGAAGUUCUCCUCGGUAUACUCGGAAGUGGACAGCUACACCUUGACUCGCUACGGUGUCACCACCUUCAACUUUCUUGCCUCUGGAACGUCCCCCACCUGGCAGUUCUCCAUUGCCAUCUACCUUGGAGUGAACCUCGUCAGUUUCCUGGUCAUCAUCUGCUGCUACGUCGCCAUUUUCUUCAGUGUUCGCUUCAGCAGGAAGGCGGCAGGAAAGAGUGCGAAGUCGGCCACUGAGAUCAAGAUGGCGCUCAAGAUGUUUUUCAUCGUCGGGACCGACUUCUUUUGCUGGAUGCCUAUCAUUAUCAUGGGGAUCUUCAUCCAAGCUGGUGUCAUCACUCUCUCAUCCAAUAUCUACGCUUGGUUGGUGGUCUUUGUUCUGCCCAUCAAUUCCUCUAUCAAUCCUUUCCUCUAUACCCUCAUCGAUAAAGUAACCAAAUAA